UACACCACGUACGUGCCGGUAGAAAGGUCGGUCAAGCUUACCCACAUGUGUGCACGUACGUACCCACCCAGCCACGAAACUUAGCAACAGCACCCCUGUAGCUGUCGGAGCCCCAAGAGAGCUUUGUGAGUAAAAUCGCGGUAGAAUCGGUGAACUCGGGCAUUGUCGGCGGUUGAACUUCUGUCCUAGGUCAGCAGCGAGAGAUUGUGUGUGUCAUUGCUGGAGGGCAGAGUGCAUUUACUGUUCAGCGCAACUUGCUUGACGUACACGUAGGUCAGGGGUAACCUGUAGCCACCCGCAGUCAGCCACUUUGGACAAAUUUUUCACUUUCUCGAACAUCGAUUGUCGACCAUCAUGGCCCCGGGAAUCAUUUCCAAGCUGAUUGCUUUUGCCUUUACUCUGACCUAUGCCCUGCUGAGCGCCAGCAUGGUCCUGUUUGGUAUUUUCAUGAAAAUCAUCAAGAAGGGACCCAAGGGGGUCUUCAGCUGCAAGACACGGGAUACCAGACCGCCCUGCAUGGACAAUCCCGACCUUGGAACACACGGCUUCCUACGAAUAAAGGAUGUCCGGCUGCACUAUGUCUCGGCUGGUGAUGAGACCAAACCCUUGAUGCUGAUGCUGCAUGGGUUUCCGGAAUGCUGGUACUCUUGGCGCUACCAGAUCACCGAAUUCAAGAAAACCUACAGGGUUGUUGCGAUUGAUCAGCGGGGCUACGGUGACUCAGACAUACCAAGUGGUGUUGCUAACUACUCUUUGAAGAAACUAGUAGAGGACAUAAAAGAGGUGGUGUCUGGCUUGGGCUACAAUUCCUGCACCCUGGUGGCCCAUGACUGGGGUGGACUCGUAGCUUGGUAUGUGGCUGCUACGUAUCCAGAUAUCGUGGACAAGUUAAUCGUGAUGAACAUACCCCACCCUCGCUGCUUCACGGACUCUGUCGAAGGAGGCAACUUGAAGCAACUCCUGGCUUCCUGGUACAUGUUCUUCUUCCAGCUACCAUUCCUUCCAGAGCUGAACGGCUGGAUAAAUGACUAUGGUUUGAUCUCUGGCUGCUUCCUGGGAGAUGGAAUGGGCCUCCAAAACAAGGAGAACAUGAGCAAGGAAGACCUCGAGGCAUUCAAGUACAGUGCCUCUCGGAAAGGUAGCCUGACUGGGAUGAUCAACUACUACCGAGCUGCUUUUCGUUACCGCGUCGGCAUCAAGUCAUCCAUGUCCACCCCUACCCUCAUCAUCUGGGGUGACCAAGACAAGGCCCUGACCCUGAAGCUCUUGGACGGCACAGGCAAGUAUGUCCAGGACUUGACCAUCAAGAUCGUGCCGGGAGCCAGCCACUGGGUGCAGCAGGAUGCCCCGGAGGCAGUCAACAAGCACAUGAGGGAAUUCCUUAGUGGCAAGUAAACGAGAUGAUGGCGGAGGAAAAGUAACACGGCUGGCACAGGGUGUAUAACAAAUGCAUUCCAGAGGUUGUGCUUUACUCUCAAAGGAUGUAUGAGAAGGUUGAAAGUUCCAAAAGACCAGAUUAAUGAACUACGAAAGAUAACAGGAGCUCUUUGCGGUGUUCCACGUGCCAGAAGUAAUCAGCCUGAAAAAUGAUCCGACAUUAUGAGCAGACUGCAUAUUCUGUGGCUAUUUUGUGCGUGUAAUGCAAAAUUGUUAAUUAGUCGAUUGGUAACACAAGAGUGUAAAAAGUGUCAGUGAUUUUAUUUGUUCUUUUUUUUUAAAGAAUUUAGUUAUUAGAGCUGUGCUGUGAUUAGUCUCAGUGUCAUGUACCAUUUAUGUAGUUCGCAACAUUCAUGUACACGAGUACACAAUGACAACUCACAAAACUUACUCUUAUCUGAAAGAUGAAUCGUCAUAAAAUACUUUUCAUAACACUUUUGCUGCACUCUCAUCGAUAAGAUGAAGGCAUCUUAAACUUGAGACCAAUUAAUGAAAACAUUUAUUACUGCAAACAUGUUGAACAUAACCUAUUAGUUAGAUAUCUUUUCAUACAGCAGUUUUCAUAGUCGUGUGUCGGGUUUACCAUAUUUUGAAGUGUUCAUUUUUAAAAGUUGAGCAGUUACGGUCAAGAUGGUCAUAACUGUAAUUUGAGAGAGUGACACAAAAUGAGCCAUCAGAGCAGCAUUUGUCAGUUUGAUUUGAGAAUUGAAACAAAAUAGUAAGUCAGGUUGGAAAUUAGUUUUAAAAUGCGGAGACGAUAGUUGGACUUUUUGCUGUAGAAGUUUUAAGGUCAGAAUAUGGCAGUUGUUUUGCUAUUAGAAUGCAGUUUUCAUUUACUUGAGAGUUUAAAUUCACCAUGAGUUUGUACAUUUCUUCCUAAUGUGUAAGACUGUGAAUCUUUCAAGCAUUAUAGAAAAAAACAAGGCCUUGUCCAAGGCUUAUCCUACGUAGAUUUCAGUACUUUAUACAAUCAUCAUAUUCCAUGUGUUGCUAGAUCAUAGGCCAUGUUGGCAUGGUAGGACAUGGACAUUGGACCUGGCUUGGUAGUGCUUCAUUUUUUAAAUGUUUGUCCUUAUAGCUUUUACAGCUUUGUAAACGUGCUUGAGAUAAGCCAAUAUUUGGUGGGUACUAUAAUGUAUACAUGCUUUGUCCACAGCUUGAAAUAGAAAAUUUUGUAAUGAAAUUCAGAAGUGGGACAUAUAGAAUGUAAUCUGUCAAAGUUAUAUUAAAACCAAAAUUGCAAAAUA